AUGUCAAUUGCUCUUCUUAGCCUUAGUCGUCAAUUGCUCGCACGAGCAUUGGGCCGCCAAGGUCCAUUGGCAAUAACACAACAAAUUGCUACUUCAAGUACAGUGACACCACAAGUAGCAGAUUACCGUGCUAAGGCAGCUCAAUGGGUAGCAACCAAUGAGAAUUGUUAUAAGCGACCAGUCUCACCUCAUUUAUUAAUCUAUAAAAUUCCGUUUCAAAUGUGGUCAUCGGGCUUCCAUCGUAUUACUGGUCUUAUGUUAAAUGGAAUGCUUUACACUGCUGGUCCGCUUGCAUUUUUGGCUACUGGUCAUAGUGCAGAAAUUUUGGAUUACAUUUACGCAAUGGAUAUACCUAGUUGGUUUAUACUUUCAGUAAAGUUAUUUAUGGCAUGGCCUAUUUCAUACCAUGCAUUCAAUGGUAUUCGUCAUUUGGCUUGGGAUAUGGGUAAAGGAUUUGAAAACUAUCGGAAGAUUAGUGCCGCUAUCUUUCUUUUAUCGUUUAUCACUGCUUUUGGUAUAAUUCUACUAUAA